AACUACCUUCACAAACGCCAACUGCCCCCAACAACGCUUCCUGAUGGUUGGAGCUACAAGGGAUGUUAUACCGAUGAUGUUGGGACUCGGUCACUAAGGAGCGCGGUCAGCGGUGGGGAUGAUAUGACGGCAGCGGUUUGUAUUGCUUAUUGUGCGGGGAAGGGAUAUAAGCUUGCUGGGACUGAGUAUUCGAAGGAAUGU